AAAGCCGUCUCGCCAACAUGAACCGCCCCGCUGCAGUUGAGAUUGUCUACGAGUGCAUGAGGUUCCUCAUCACCCACAACCCCACCAAUGCCACACUUAACAAGUUCACUGAGGUAUGCUUACGUUUAUGUUAUUGCUGUUUAUCAGAUUCCCAGGGCUCUGUCUCAAAUGCACCCUUUCACUUUUUCUGCCAGGAACUGAAAAAAUUUGAGGUGAACACUCUGGUUAGAGUUUGUGAUGCCACCUAUGAUAAGGCUCCAGUAGAGAAAGAGGGGAUACAGGUCUUGGACUGGCCUUUUGAUGAUGGUGCCCCUCCUCCCACCCAGAUCGUGGAUAACUGGCUCAAGUUGCUCAACACCAAAUUUCGAGAGCAACCCGGCUGCUGCAUUGCCGUACACUGUGUGGCAGGCCUCGGACGAGCUCCAGUCUUGGUGGCCUUAGCCCUCAUUGAGUGUGGGAUGAAGUAUGAGGAUGCUGUGCAGUUCAUAAGACAGAAGAGACGUGGAGCCUUCAACUCCAAACAGCUUCUUUACCUCGAGAAAUACAGACCCAAAAUGCGUCUGCGGUUCAAGGAUACCAAUGGCCACAACUGCUGCGUGCAGUAGGCUGCCUGUCAGUGCGUCUUUCUUAUGCACAUUUAGUGGGGAAUCUUCCGAUAACGGGAGAGAUUUAAAAAGAAAAAACAAAACACGGAGAGUGCUAUCAGUAAUUAUUGUGAUGAUUUGUUAACACUGAGUCAUGGUUAAUUGAGAAGGAAGCGAGUGAUCAAAUGAAUGAGUCCAGAUCUGGGGAUCCACCAGCCGAACCAAUGAAUGGAAGGUUAAAGCACACAGAUAGGCCCGCCACUCGGUUUAUACUGUUCAACCACGGGCCAGAAUUUUUCAACUUGAGUCCAUCCUGUCUCUUAUGGGGUUUUUAAUUUUACUUUUUUUUUUUUUUGUUCCAGUUUUAAUCAUGGGAUAACAGUUUCCAUUUUUUGUGAAUGUUUAUUUUUACACAAAUGUGGUGAUGAAAUUAUAUAUUCUCAUUUUGAUUUCCACUAUUGAUAUUUUAUAAUUGGGCCAGAACGACAUACUUUCUUUUUCUUUUUUUUAAACACACAUUGUGACUGUCUUUUUUGCACAAAACUCAAAGGUUCACCUGAAAAAUGCAGUAAUGUUUUUUUCUUUUUACCCUUCACUUGCUUUAAUGUCACUUUCAGUUUAGGGGGUCACUGAGUUUGAAUAUGUCUGUAAUAUUUAUUCACAAGAUAUAUGUGUGGCAGUUAAGAGUUUGGCAGGGGCAAGGACACUUUCUCAUCCAAUAGUUUUAGUUUUAUCCGUUUGAGAGCCAUGUCUUUUUUCUUUUCUUCUUCUUUUUUUUUUUCUUUUCUUUAAAUCUUGUUGGAGUGCAAUAAUCAGUCCACCUCAGAUAUGUCCGCCAAACCCUGCUGAGUGUCCUACGCACACAUACACACAAACUUCAGAUUAUCAUCCAGGCCGUUUAAAAAAAACAAACAAACAAAAAAAUAAAAAAAAAAUACAACAACAAAAAUGUAACUACAACAGGUACUUGUAAUUUCAUUCUCUCUCCCUUCUGGGGCUACAAUAGGACUUUUUACAGGUAUGCAUAUUUAAACUCUUACAUAGAGCCUAAGAUUCAAUCUGAAAGUCAAGCUGGAGAAGAAUGAAAGUGGUCAGUUUUUUAUCAUUGUACCCAUUUUGAAAACAUCCCCAAUUCAUAUUGGUUCUUUAAAGAUAAAUAAAUUCAAAUAAAAAGCAAA